AUGGAGGUUCUCGGGCAUGUCCGGCUAUGCGUCGGCGAAACGGAUGCUGUUCGAAUAGCACAAGUCACCGAUGUUCACCGCUUCCCGGGGAAUGUCACAUACUGGGACUGCCCGAAGGGUCGACGGAUGCCGUUGGCAAGUCAAGACUACAGCAAAACCGGCGACAUCGAGCUGCUGCAAACGGUACUGGAGAGAUGCAAGCCUCACUUUGUCGUGUUCACUGGUGACAUCAUUGAUGGGCGACCCUUUCACGCAAGCACGCCUUCGGCAUGGCGGGCGACUUUCCUGGAGCUGCUGGAGCCCGUCCUGAAAUUCGGGCUGCCUUGGACAUACAUUCCCGGAAAUCACGACGACGAUGGCUCCCCAUGGGACCGGGCUGAUCUUCUGCAGAUCUACGACCUCCCUGGCUGUGCGUCGCAAGGUGCGAAGCAGUUCAACCACACCUUCACAAUAGGACACGGAGAUCUUGCAGAUGAUGCAGCGUCUUUGCGCUUGUGGCUCUUCGACUCCGGGGGUAACAGCUCAGAUCCAUCCAUCGGAUACGAAACCUUCACCAGCGAGGCGGUAGAUGCGUUCCGUGAGCUCUCCUCGACGCUGACGCCGUGCCCUUCCCUGGUGUACUUCCACAUCCCGUUGCCGGAAUAUGGGAGCCUGGUACCCGUCCACGGCACCCAGGGACUCUUUGAGUCGGCGUUGAUGGCUGGCAUGGUCCCUCGCCCAUGGUGUUGGAUGCCCUGGCUGGUGCGAGCACUUGGACAGCAUCGCGUUGUUGGCUGCUCAAAGCUAAACAGCGGAUUAUUUGAUGCCCUUGUCGAUGCAAAUGGGCCCAUCUUGGCGACUUUCUGCGGCCAUGACCAUUCGAAUGAUGCGGUUUUCCAAAGAAGCGGCAUCUUCCUGUGCUACGGCCGAGUGAGUGGCAGCACACCCCCAGUUGACUGGGAGGGCGAUGCUCCGCUGCCGUUUGAGCCUGGCAUCCGGCUUGUAAAGUGCUCAGCUGCAGAGGAUGUAGCAAUGCCUACUUCUGCUGGAGACUUUCAGUUUCCAGUGUUUCGCGCACUGUGCAUUAGUUAG